AUGCCUCUCACUGGUGUGAAAAAUGUUGUAUUGGUCUUAUCCGGGAAAGGAGGUGUGGGGAAAUCCUCAGUCACUCUCCAACUCGCCCUCGCUCUUUCACUCCAAGGAAAAUCCGUCGGAAUCCUCGAUAUCGACCUGACAGGACCCUCAAUGCCACGCCUAGUUGGACUCGAAGAUGCGAAAAUUACACAAGCACCAGGCGGAUGGAUGCCAGUACCAGUUCACGGGUCCGAAUCUGCAGCUGAAGCCAACACAUCAGUGCCCUCAACACAACCCAAACGCGGCUCCCUCCGCUGUAUGUCCCUGGGCUUCCUCCUGCGCGACCGCGGCGAUGCUGUCAUCUGGCGCGGACCAAAAAAGACAGCUAUGAUUCGCCAAUUCCUCUCAGAUGUCUUCUGGGGCCCCACUGAUUACCUGCUCAUCGAUACGCCUCCCGGAACGAGUGACGAGCACAUCGCGCUGGCUGAGCAGCUGCUCACUCUCUCCACCACAGACGCAGCGGCAGCUGCACAAACAGGACUGCCUCGACUUGCGGGUGCAGUUCUUGUUACGACGCCGCAGGCUGUAGCAACAUCGGAUGUGCGGAAAGAGGCGAACUUCUGCGUCAAGACUAAGAUUCCUGUCCUUGGAGUUAUUGAGAAUAUGUCCGGGUAUUCUUGUCCCUGCUGUGGAGAGGUCAGCAAUAUAUUCUCCAGUGGUGGAGGACAGGUGAUGGCCCAGGAAUUAGGUUUGCCAUUUAUGGGCAGCGUGCCUAUUGAUGUGAAAUUCGGAGAAUUGGUCGAAGGAAAGAUGGAGGCAGGGGACAGUGAUGAGGAGGGGGAGGAUGACGACAAGAGUGCAAAGAAUGAUCCGCAAGAUACUCCUGCUGAGCCUGACAAUCGCCCGCUCGUUGAAAGAUACCGGGAUACCUGGUCUUACCCUCGGUUUGAGGGAUUCGCGCAGGCCCUCAUAAGUGCCAUUGAGGGCCCGGUCGCCGUAUAG